ACGAGAUUCCCAAUCUUUCGUUUCCGUAACCGAUCACCUACCCCGUUUACAUUAUUUUUCCUCUCCGUCCAGCGAAAGGGAAUAAAAGAAAGCGCAGCGAGGAGCGAAGAAAUUCGUCGGAUGGAAGGAGGAGCAGGCGGAGAGUAGGGUUGGGGGCGUGAGAUCGGAGUGAGAAAAUGAAGGGUUCGAAGCGUUUGUUCACGAUGGGACUAGUGUCGGCAUGGUACUCCUCCAACAUUGGGGUGCUGCUGCUGAACAAGUACCUGCUCAGCAACUACGGCUUCAAGUACCCCAUUUUCCUCACCAUGUGCCACAUGACAGCCUGCUCCCUCUUCAGCUACGUCGCCAUCGCCUGGCUCAAGAUGGUUCCCAUGCAGACCCUCCGCUCCCGCCUCCAGUUCCUCAAGAUCGCCGCCCUCAGCCUCGUUUUCUGCGUCUCCGUCGUCUUCGGCAACGUCUCUCUCCGCUACCUCCCCGUCUCCUUCAACCAGGCCGUCGGCGCCACCACCCCCUUCUUCACCGCCGUCUUCGCUUACCUCAUCACCUUCAAGAGGGAGGCCUGGCUCACCUACCUCGCCCUCCUCCCCGUCGUCACCGGCGUCGUCAUUGCCAGCGGGGGUGAACCAAGCUUCCAUUUAUUUGGGUUCAUAGUAUGUGUUGCAGCUACAGCUGCACGAGCCUUAAAAUCCGUGUUGCAAGGAAUUUUGCUUUCUUCUGAAGGAGAGAAGCUGAAUUCUAUGAACCUUCUUCUUUACAUGGCUCCGAUGGCCGUUGUUUUUCUUCUUCCUGCUACACUUAUAAUGGAAGAAAAUGUAGUUGGCAUUACAUUGGCUCUUGCCAGAGAUGAUGUGAAGAUCAUUUGGUAUCUGCUAUUUAAUUCAGCACUCGCUUAUUUUGUCAACCUGACCAAUUUUUUGGUCACCAAACAUACCAGUGCUCUUACCCUUCAGGUACUUGGGAAUGCUAAAGGGGCUGUGGCAGUAGUAGUUUCAAUUCUAAUAUUUAGAAACCCAGUUUCAGUCACUGGAAUGAUGGGUUAUUCACUCACAGUCAUUGGAGUUGUACUUUAUAGUGAAGCCAAAAAGCGAAGCAAGUGAUACUUAUGCUGUCAUUCAGAUUCUUUGGAAGUCAGCUGUGAAUCUCCUAUAUUUUGUUUUCAUCACUGUGCGGACAACCUCAAGAUUCCAUGAGGCUAAUUUUUUAGCAUGAUUGUGAUCAGAAUCCGGAUUUUUCAGACCCCCUCCAUAUACAAUUUUUUGGCCUUACAUGGAAAGCCUCAUUAAAUGGGUUCCCCGUUGUAUUAGCACCUGUGCAGAAAUAGCCCACAAUACAAAGUUUCAAUAAGUGACUGAUCUCUCUACUAUACUCAUGUUGGCAUACUCGAGGAAUGUCUUUUUGUCAUUUAUUCUUUGAAGAAAAAGUUGUAGAAUUGGAUCUUUACUCAUUUGUUGUUUACUUACAUUUGUUUAUUGAAGAUAAAAUUCGUAUUUUUGCUCAUAACAAAAUGUCUGUAUUAGUGUCCCCCCCCCCCUCGAAAAGUUAUGUAGUGCAGUUUUUUUGUGGUUUUUGUUUUGUGGGAGAAAUUCUCUAUUUAUUCAACUAGAAAAUUAUACCAUUGAUUAUAAUGUGUAAGAAUCAAGCCAGGUAUCCCUUUUUAGUUGUCAAAUAUAUUUGGACUGGCUUAUUU